ACACGGGAAGUAGGCACCACAGCACAGUUCAGUGUGAUUUGCACGAGACAUGGCGUCAAAACUAGCUCCCCUAGUGAAAUUUAACAAUGGACUUACGUGCCCUAUAUUGGGACUCGGCACUUGGCAGGCGGAGUCUGGCGACGACGUGUACCGCGCGAUAUGCGAAGCGAUCGACAUGGGUUAUCGGCACAUCGAUGGUGCGUACUUUUACGAUAACGAAAAGGAGGUCGGACAGGCGAUCAGGGAUAAGAUUCAACAGGGAGUAGUAAAAAGGGAAGACCUUUUUGUAACUUCGAAGUUAUGGAAUACAUAUCACAGGCCGGAUUUGGUAGAAAAGAUGGCAAAGGUUUCUUUGUCCCUGCUCGGAUUGGAAUAUCUGGACUUAUACCUUAUACAUUGGCCUAUGGCUUACAAGGAAGGCGAUAACCUUAUACCUUUAGAUGCUAAUGGAAAAUGCUACUAUUCUGACGUCGAUUACGUUGACACGUGGAAAGCAAUGGAAAAUUUAGUUGAAAAGGGUCUGGUCAAAAGCAUCGGUCUCAGCAAUUUCAAUUCGAAACAAAUUGACAGAGUGUUGGGAAUUGCUAAAAUCAAGCCGGUGACCAAUCAAGUGGAGUCUCACCCGUGCCUGCCACAGACGAAGUUGUUCGAGUUCUGCAAGGCGCGUGGCAUCACCAUCACGGCAUACAGCCCGCUCGGAAGCCCUGCUCGUCCAUGGGCUAAGCCAGAAGAUCCGAGCCUGUUAGACGAUCCCAAAAUAAAGGCAGUGGCCAAUAAGUACAAGAAGACUACAGCGCAAGUUUUAAUUAGAUACCACAUCGACCGCGGAAUGAUCGUGAUCCCAAAGUCCUCAAACCCAAAACGUAUGUUGGAGAACUUCAGUAUAUGGGAUUUCACGUUGACAAAAGAGGAUGUCGCUGAUAUUUCUACUUUGGAGUGCAACGGUCGCUUCGUAUUGGAAGAUGAGGGUCUAGAUCAUAAGGACCAUCCAUUCGGCGUCCAUGCCAAGGACUUGGAGUUUUAAAUUUAAACAUGACUUAUUCAAAAUAUAAUUAUUAUUAAUUUAUUGUAAUUUUGUCUUUAAUUGUGCCAAUCCAAGAACUCCCCAAAAAAGUGCAAAUAAAAAGCAAUUCCGCUCAACACAAUCGUUACAGUUGAAUACCAAUGCGAGUUUCGGUCAAACAGAAAAAGCUAAAUUAUGUUUCAAGGCCUAGAGUCGACUCUGUUAAUGAAUGACGGCUCACGACACUCAAUGAACAGGCUAGCGAAUCUUAAUGAAUGGGAAAAUUCGACCGGAGUGCUGUGACUGUGACCGUUUUACAGACCUUUCAUCGAACGUCAUUGCCAGGCAUUGGUAGGAACUAUUAUGGGAGUUAAUAAAUAAUAAUAAUAAAUUACACGUUUACACGCUUACACAACAGUCAUCAUCUCGCACACUCUCUCUCUCUCUCUCACACACACACACACACACACACACACACACACACACACGCAUCCACACUCUCACCUCCUGAGUUACUUAGGUUUAGAUUAUCUUAGAUUCUCUGGUAUAUUUUUAUUUCUUUUUCUAUAUUUGUAUACUAGUUAAGCAAAAUUAAACAAUUACACACGGUUCGGACGGAGAGUCUGGAGGCCUGAAAUACAGGAAUUUCCUAGUUUAGGCUCCAGUCCUCUCCAAUAUUAUGUGUUUACUUACCCUAUUUUCAACUUAACAACUCUCAACUUCAUUAUGUAAUGCAAUAUAGUGAACAUGUAAUGUUGUGGUGGAAAUAAAGAAUUUAUUUAUUUAUUUAGUUAAUGGAUGACCGAUAAGGCUAUUAAUUUUGAAUUUAACUAAAUCCAACGUUGCACACAAAAUUCAGUUCAGUUAAAACUGAGAAGUUACUGAAGUACUCAGUUUUAACUGACUUGAACUUUAACAUAAGCAUAGAUAUACGCGAUACAGGUUGCAAGAACGCUCAUGCACACGGCAAACCGGUCAACCUGUAAAUCUUUUGGGAAGGCCUAUUUUCAGCUAUUCCUUCCUGUAGCUGAAAUGAUGAUAAUACAUGAUAUAAUCUUCACACACUAUUUGACGCAUUAACUCGAUUAUUUAGCUGUUUUAACAACUAAUUUUAAUGUUCGUAACGGUCAAUAUAGUCUGCUACACUUUGAUAAAGUAAAUAGUGAUAGUAAACAGGUUUCCAAUAAAAUUACACUCCAAUUUGGCCUUCGGCGUGGAUGUGCCAAAGGACGUUCAAGGAAAGUCGAAGGAACACGCCGUGCGAGCCGAGUAAUAUCCGGGCAAACGCCAUUCCCUGCGUGUGUUUCCGCCUACACUCACUGACAUUUAGAGAAAUUGUUAACUGUACCCACCUAGUGCUAUUUUAGGUUGGCUAUUUUGUAAGCAAUAUUGUUUAUUUACUUUUGCUAAACUUUGUGUUGUAACCUUUCGUGUAUGGUUCAUGGAAUUUGCAGAAAGAUUAUGAUAAAAUUCUUCUGAAACAGAAUGGAACUUUUUAGUGAUCUUAACUUUUUGUAACAUUUAAAUGUUACAUUGGGAUCAGAAUUUAAAUUGUUUUUUUUAAACAAAAUAUCGAGCAAGUUCUAUACAUUUUCGGUCUUAUUCAUAAUAAAAUGCUAAUAUAGGUUUAAAAC